UUCUUUGAGGUCGGCCUAGCCGGUCCGCCACAGCGAGAUUGAAAAUCUUUACAUGCGUUGAACUGCGCGCUAUACCAAGUUGAUUUCAAAAUAAAUUUGAAAAAAAAUUAACUAUAACAAACGGGAGAAAAAUAAAUGUUGUUAAAAAAACUGAAACAAUUAAUAAAUGUUGUGCAUCAUCAACAAAGCUAAUUGUUGUUAAGUGUUAAUUGUGAUGUACGAUGGCAUACAAAUGUCGGGAGGAGAUCGUGGGGAAACGUUUUUUGUCAGUGAGUGGUUUUACCAAAUUGAAAAUUGGUAAAAUCAGUGAGUGGGGGUGGCGAGCUGGUGUUAUACGUGCUGCUACACAUAAGGACAACAAUCAUCCCGAGUUGCAGAUCCUCGUGGAGUAUGACGACGUCGAGUGGCACCGAAGGGAAUGGAUCAGCGUCUACAAGGACAAAUUAUUCCACCUGUUUAUGGUGGAGCAGGGCUUGGCCUGGGUCGAGCGUAGAGAUCCUUUCGCUCCAUCAAGCGCGACGCCAGUCCUUUGGCCUGCCCUUACAUUUUCGCCUCUGGUAUCCGCCGUAGAUGUGAUGCUACAACAACAACCAGUGGAAUUUCUCCUAGACAAAGAACUCGCUUUCGAAGAUUAUAAACUACUCAAACCUUUUCAGGAAUGGGACUCGAGUUUACCCGGCGUGAGGGAGUAUCCUGAACUGAAAGCGGCCGUCAGACGAUGGGCCGAACAGCAGGACGGCCAAAGGAUCCUCCUGACCACCCCCAGCGUGCUGGUGGGGUACCGGGUGGAGGUGUACAGGGCCGAGGGCACCACCCAAUGGUACACCGCCGUGAUAGUGGGAUACAACGAAGCUACAAGGGACCUGACUGUAACGGACGACACAGUUCUGGAGGAGCAUAACGAGGAUCCGGCCCUGGUCCAGAUGCGCCUUAUCGGCGACGGAGUGGUGGAGUCGAUCAUGCGCGGGGAGAACGUGGGCAUCACCCCCCGGAGGUCACGAUCAGCCGUGCUACAGACACAGCAUCAGCAGCAGCCGAGCCGUGUAGUCCGAGGAUUAUCAGUGACCUCGAGUUCGGCGACUAGUGUCAACGGCAGGAAGCAGCGAUCUGGAAAGCCUUCUGCUUUGGAAGUCGGCUCCUCGAACGGAGGAACAUCGCCGGAACCGCUCGAUAAAGGUUCUGUAACAAAGACACGGAAACGCAAACCAAGUGAGUCUGAAAGUUCGUCCGGAAAAUCUCGUCACAAUUUCGGUGCUAUAAAAGAAGAUUUGGAGAAUAAGUCGAGUCGUAAAAAGAAUUUGUGCAAUCGCGGUGCGUCAAGUAAGAAGAAAGUUUUAGAAGAAGCGAACAACAGUAAACUCCGAGAGGUAGAAGUCCGCGUGGAGGACUGUCUGCAGAGCGUUUCGUGCAGACGCUCGUCGUGUGGUGCAUCAAAGUCGAGCGUCGUCGAGUGUGAGGAUUUAGAUGACACGAGCAACGGCAGUAGUGUGCAACUAGUGCCCGCGGAAGCCGUCCGCGACGAUGAUUCAGUGCGCGCUUCUAUGCAGGUGUCUGGAGCGGUAACUGACGUAGUCAGCGAGGAGGACGACUGUGUGAUAGUGGCCCAAAGGACGACAAAGAUCGGCUCCAGCCGCGGUGACGAUGACGGACCUCUGUCCGCGUCCUCGCCCUUCAGCAGGAUGGAACUCUCUGAUUCCGCGAACGCGUCGUUGCGCUUCCCGGAUGACCGCUCCGACUCCGGCGUGAGCUCUCUGCGCUCCAGCAGCGGCGAUGAACGCUCCGGAUCGCGCUCGAGUGCGUUGAGUUCGUCCGACGAGCCCCAGAAUAGCAGCCAGAGUCAGCCGACGAACCGGUCGCCGCUCUUCAUUCCGGCCCAAGGCCACCACACAGCCGUCGCCACCGAACCGGUGCGCGUGUGGAGAGACCCCAACUUGCUGUUGGAGUCCGAACCGCACGUCCGCCACAUACACAGCGUGCAGCACCAGUCGCUGCUCAUGUCGCACCCAUCUACGCCGGCCGCCUCGGGCCCGCCACCCACCUCUGCCACCGCUACGCAUCCGGCGUCAUUGUUUCCGCCCGUGCCGCCGCCCCUCAUGACGCCGCACCCGAUACCACCACACCACCACCUCUCGCCUGCCACCCUCUACCCGCAUGCUGCUGCUGCCGCCGCCCAUCACCUGGACAUCAUAUGGAAGCAGCAGCAGCGGUAUCCGCCGCUUUCCGUCGGAGCGCAUCUCCUCACGCAACCUGGCGCUCACCCCACCGAGGAGAUGCUAGAGAGGGAGCGCGAACGAGCCGCCCUCAUCAGGGAGAGGCAGAAUCAGGAAGUGCGUGAGUUGGAGAAACAGAAAGAAAAGGAACGAUUAGAACGCGAGCGGCAGGAACGCGAGAAAGCUGAAAGAGAUCGUGAGAAGCAAGAACGAGAUCGUGAAGAGAAAGAACGUCAAGAGCAAGCCCUAAAAAAUCAUUUUGAAAAGUCGUUGCGGCAAGCUCAAAAGAGGGAUCAUUGGAACCCGAUUAGACAGCCACAACCGAGGCCGAAUAGUAGCGAAGAGGAAAGAAAACGUGUAGAACAGGAAAUUCACCAGAGGGGAGAUGCGAGACAUUUGGCUGUGAGGUCGGAAAGAGAUCACAGAGCGUAUUAUACGACGAGUCAGCGUCCACCGAGUGUCCCCACGAAAACCGAAUACCCACCCCCGCCGGCGCACAGUCGUGUCCCGACGAGUAAACCUUCGGAGAAAAUGCCAACAAUGCAUUCGGCGACACUCCAAAAAGGUGAAGUAAACGUUUUCGGAUAUCCCGUCUAUUCGCCGUUAUUUUCGCCUCACGAACCAAAGAGCAAAUCCGAUCAUCAUAAAUCUUCCCAGUCCCUCGUCGUCUCAAAAGGUACAAUGGAUAGUCGUGAAGUGUUAUCAAACCCUCCACCUCUAAUGAGCGAAAUGAAAAAUUCCGUCAUAGUGAAACACGAAGGAAAGAAUUCGCACCAUUUGGAGCCCCGGGUCUCCAUCGCUCAUUCACCGAGUCCUAAACUAAUCGGGGCGCAUUAUUUGACGGCAAGUCAACCCCCCAAAGGGAAUUUGUACGAAUACAGAAGUCCCGUACAAUCACCUCAUCAUUUAUCACACACACCGAGCCCCCAUCAUAACCUCGAACCCCAAAAUCUGGGCAAAACUUCACACCAUCGCCCAUCGAACCAAUUACCCAGUCCACACCAUCAAAGACAGUCGCCACAUCACCCCCAACAACACCCAUCGCCCGAAUUGAGAUACCGCAGCGAAUCACAAAUGAUUUACCCACCGGCGGCCAAAGGCAGUUACUUCCUAUCAAAUACCACCUCCGCGUAUUUAUCACCAAGUGUCUCAAGUGUCUCGAACUCUAAACCAAAAGUGAGCAGUCCGGCCCCUCACCACAUCUACGGCAAACCUUCGGCUGGGCCCCCAGUGACCCGUCACGAACCCUCAACUCCGAUCCAAUUGACCUCAAAACCUCCCUUAUCAUCAUCCGUUUCACCGAGUCCCUAUCAACAAAUGUCUCAAUACCAUCCGCCCCAUCCCCAAAACCCCCCGACCUUGACGUGCCCCCCGCCUGCACACAGCCGGACAACCCCCGACCCUCGCUACGACAGGUACCCGGUGAAGGCUUCCUCGCGCAACUCGCCCCCAACGGCAGCCUCCGCCCCCCGCUACAUACCCAGUGCUCCCUCCGUACAAACUCAACCCUUGGACCUGGGGGUGUCAAAGUACGACCCGGCCGUAAGCCCCAAACGCAAAGCAACGCCGGUUUCGUCAAUCAGUCCUGUGUGUCUCGAGACGAAAAAACGCCGAAUUGAGACGCAACCUCCACAAUUAGCACGUGUGAGUGAACCGAGUCCUUUAAUUGCAAGUGCCGCGACCACAAUCACCACCGUUGUAAACACAGCAGCAUAUCGGACUCCCCCAAUAACCUCAAAUAGUCCAAUUGACAGUGGUGACGUUAGUGAAACAGUGCGUCCAUCUAGUGUCGAAUCGAGUCAACCGACUAGUAAUAGCCCGGCACCGAACCCCCCCACCCAACCGGAAAUAGAUGCGCCAAACACACCUGUCAAGCUAACGAUCCCGCCCAGCUGUCUCGAUUCGGAAAAGUCAAAUAGUCCAGGACCAACAAAGUCCAGCAGUUAUCCAGUGCGACAUUUGAAGAAAGCGUGGCUUCAAAGACACACCGGGGAAGAUUUAGAAGAUACGACUGGAGUGACCGGAUCCGGAAGUUGCGUCACUUUGCCCAUCAGCAUGGCGUCCAAUAAUAAAGAAAGUCCAGUACACUCGAUUCACUCGAUUGGAUCAAUGGCAGUCAAUAGUAUCAGUAUCAGCAAAACCAAACAUUUCACGGCAAAGCCCAACAACCGCAAAACCCCGAAUAAAGAGACCCUCAAUGGGCAUCCAACCGAUUCGACAAAAGCGGACGAUUCGUCGAGUUCGGAUCAAGACCGGGGGCGCAAAUCACCCCCAAAGCGCAAGCCCCCCAAGGUGAAGCGGAAAAAGGGUGCGGUGACGAAAAAACCAACACCUGAGGAUAAGAAACGCAAGCCAGGCCAAUCGGUGGUGGUGAGUGAAAGUGGUUCAGAUAGUGAGAAAGAGAGUGGUAGUGAAAAAGAUUCGGACUCGGGGGCUAGUACGAAAAAAUCGAAUUCGGUGAGUGGUAAAGAGCCGCGAAAACGUGGACGUCGACCAAAGUCGUCAAAAAACGAUAAAGGCGAGGAGCCGCGCGUCAAAAAAUCGAAAGAUGAGACGGUGCCCCAGCGCGACCCCUUUCGCAAACCCCCCGUGGGGCAGCUGAAAAAGACCGGCGAGAGUUUUUUACAAGAUGGUCCGUGUUUCGAAGUUGCGCCCAAAUUGGCCAAGUGUAGGGAGUGUCGAUGGACGCCGAAUCAACGAUCGAAGAAUAUGCCCAAUAUUUUUUGUCGUUUCUAUGCGUUUCGGAGGCUGAGGUAUACGAAGAAUGGGCAGUUGGCUAUUGCAGGAUUCUCUGAUCCGCAUAAGGAUGCGUUAGAGGAUGAUUUGAAGUUGUGGCUGCCGAACCCCGAAGCGCCACCACAGGAUUUGGAUCUGGAGACGUCCAGGUUUAUUUUGAAACAAGUCGGGGACCAUUUCUGUGAUCUGUUCGUUCAAGAGAAGGAAGCGCAUGCCGAAUACGUUUCCGAUGACAAGACCGUGGCGUGGAAACGCGUGGUGCAAGGCGUCCGCGAGAUGUGCGACGUUUGCGAAACGACAUUGUUCAAUUUCCACUGGGCUUGUGGCAAAUGUGGCUUCGUAGUCUGUCUCGAUUGCUACAAGAGUCGCAAAAGCGGUUCGAUUAAAGUAUGGGGCGAACCCGGUAAAGAUCGUGACGAAUUUUCGUGGCUAUUGUGCACGAAUCGACAAGCACACGAACAGGAAAAACUAAUGCUGACUCAGAUCAUUGCCGGCGAUUCGUUACCGCAACUCGGUAAAAUGGUCCACGAAAUGCGCGAACUGUGGAACAUUGAACAAUACUGUGCAUGUCCUGCUAGCAAAGAGGUGGUGCAGAAACCAAACAAUGUCGCUUACAAGGAAAUCGUCAAGAAAAUCCUCAUGGAGAGCAAAGUCAACGGGAUUAAGAAGGAGAUCAAGGAAGAGAGUGGGGCACCAAAUGGGGUUGUAACCAAAGAUGAGAAAACCUCACCUUUGUCGUGGUUGGCCGACGUUGCGUUGUCGAACGAAGACAAAAAGAACGACGAUAAUAGCACGAGUGAUUCCGAUGAGGGGAGUUUUUCUACUUUGAGGGAACUGUUAAUUCGGCCGUCGCAUAAACCGAACGGUAGUCGGGCCGGUUCACCGGUCGCUACGCAGAAAAACAACAAGAAAGUUAAAAUUGAUACGUUGGAUGAGGUUAUAUCGAGUGUGAUUGAGGAUAGCGUUCCGAAAGCGGCCGAAGUGAUUUCGGACGUAAAGCCCGAACUGAAGCACUACUUGCGACGGUACAACUGGCAAACUAAAGGCCGUGCCCCGUUACCUAUCCGGAUAAUGACACUAACUGAGAGCAAGAUGUUGUACCCCGACGUGCCGCAUAGUUGGCUGUGUGAUGGCAAAUUAUUAAGACUGAGCGAUUCGACGCAUAAGGACAAUUAUAAGAUAUUCCAAGACCAGUGGAAGCGAGGCCAACCGGUGAUCGUGUCCGACGUUACGAAAAACUUGAACAAGGAUUUGUGGAAUCCGGAGGCUUUCGCGCGCGAUUUCGGCGAUGAAAAGAACGAUUUGAUCAAUUGUAUGACGGGUAAUUUGGUUCCGAACCAACCGAUGCGCAAGUUUUGGGAGGGCUUCGACCAUUUCUCCAAGCGUUUGAAGGACGAUCGGGGGAACCCGAUGUUGCUCAAGUUGAAGGACUGGCCUCCGGGUGAGGAUUUCGCUGAGAUGCUUCCGAGUCGUUUCAGUGACUUGAUGAAAGUUCUGCCUUUGUCGGAGUAUACUCACAGGACCGGUCGUUUGAAUCUGGCAAGCCGUUUGCCGGAUUGUUUCGUCCGGCCUGAUCUAGGCCCCAAGAUGUAUAAUGCGUACGGUUCGGCCUUGCACCCGUCUAAGGGCACGACGAACUUACAUCUCGAUAUUUCGGACGCUGUGAAUGUGAUGGUGUACGUUGGGAUUCCCAAGGAUGGGGACAGUGACGAGCAUAUCAAGGAGGCGUUCCGGGCGAUUGACGAAGCCGGGUGUGAUAUUUUGACGCGGCGGCGAGUGCGCGAUAAGGGGGAAUUACCGGGCGCUUUGUGGCACAUUUACAACGCACGGGAUGCUGAUAAAAUCCGGGAUUUGUUGAAUAAAGUGGUUGUGGAGAAAGGCGGUAGGUUGGAGCCGCAUCACGACCCGAUUCACGACCAGAGUUGCUACUUGGACGGACCUUUGCGGGAGCGGUUGUACAAGGAGUAUGGUGUUGAGGGGUAUGCGAUUGUCCAGUGUCUGGGUGACGCUGUUUUUAUUCCGGCUGGGGCGCCGCAUCAAGUGCGGAAUCUUCACAAUUGCAUCAAGGUGGCGGAGGAUUUCGUCUCGCCAGAGAAUGUGUCGCAUUGUUUCCAUUUGACGCAAGAGUUUCGCGAUCUUUCGGACACUCAUACGAACCACGAGGACAAACUGCAGAUUAAGAACAUAAUUUAUCAUGCGGUGAAAGACGCGCUUUCGUGUAUCAGUGCGGUUUUGAACAAGCAUAUGUGUAAAAAAGAGGAGAGCAGGAACGGUGAGGAGGAGCAAAGUCCGAUGAUGGACACUUCGGAGACCGCCUGAAUUUGUGAUAGUAGACGCUUAUGAUUUGUAAAUUACUUCUUGUGUGAUAACGAAAUGUGUUACAGUUGGCACAUUUUUCUGUGUAUAAACCAUGAUGCCCUAUGCACGUGAGCUGUUACUGUGUGUACAUAUGUGUACAUUGACUUUAGUUGGAUGAAAUGCUGAAUAUGCACGGUUUAUCUUCCUGUUAGUAGUGACUAGUGGCUCGAGGGUCACUUGUAAUUAGCCUAUUACACUCACUUGUUGACUACUUGGCGUCCUCCCGAGGGACUAUAUAUCAAUGUUGUUUCAAAGUACCAGUGGUUAUUUUUGUCACUUGUAUACUGUGCCUGUUGAGAAAAAUGGUAUUUUUAACACUACCAAAAAACUUUUUAAAAACUCGCUAUUCAGUAUUCUUUGUGGGUUUGUCAUAGUUACUUAUUAGUAGUGAUUGAUUCAUUGCAGCAUCUGAGAAAAAUUAAAGAAAGUGCUAUUUCAUUCAAAGUGCCAAUUACGAUUAUUUUAGGCAAAGCUGAUUCAAAUGAUCUCGACUUUGUGUUGUUUACAACGAUGAUAACAAUUAUCCCACUUAAACUUCUUAUUGUAGGUAUCGACGAUUUUCAAGCUGUAAAUUUAUUUUAAAUGUUUUCUUUUUUCUAAUGUCCUAUAUGUAAAUUGUUUCAAUAAGAUGUAAAAGAUUACUAUAAUUUAUUUUGCUUUUCGCAGUCAUUGAUUGUACAGUAGAAUAGUCUUUUGUACAGUAACGAAUAUGUUUCCUUUGCCUCUAACAGAGGCCAUUUUUUUGUACUAUGUAUAUUAUGUAAGAUUCUAGGUUUGAAUAAGAAAAUGUUUAUUAAA